AGUAAACAGAUAUCUGAUCUCAGAGGCAAUAGGACUGUCAGGAGCAUGGCAGGGCUGCAGCGAGCUGGGAUUUCUGGAGUCUGACCAGAGGCUCGCUGGUCUGAAUGCUGAGGAGGGUUUGUAGAGCUGGAGAUGCGCAGGGUGUCUCUUGAAGUGCUGCCAUGCCAAAGGGUGGGACUGGUGUGAUUAAAAAUAAGCAAACCUUCUUCUCUUAGUUUGACUUUCUUAGACAGCCAGGGGGGACAGCAGAGGAUGCAGCCUGGGAGAUGAGCGGUACCAAGGAUGACAGCCGCUGUCAGAAGGCAGUUCACAUUGUCAGCAGGCUAUGCCGGAAGAAAAGCCUGCCUAGCUUGGACCUGGAUGCUUGCAGGGAAUUCCUCCUUCUGCCUUCAGACCAGAGCCUGAGUAUCUCCGAGCCAGAGCUCUCCAUCAGCCUCCUCGCGGUGAUAGUUGUUGUGUGUGGACUGGCCCUGGUGGCAGUUUUUCUGUUUCUCUUUUGGAAGCUGUGCUGGGUUCCCUGGAGGAAUAAGGGCAUUUCCUCUAACCUGGCCGUCUUGCAGAGUGAGGCAGCCUGUAACAAGGAGAACAUGGCAGACAAGCUGAAGGACAUGGGUACCAUAAAUUUCCUGGAGGCAGCAGUGAAGAUCAGCCACACUUCACCAGACAUCCCCGCAGAGGUCCAGAUGUCCAUGAAGGACCACAUCAUGCGGCGUACACGGAUCCAGAGGCAAACAACUGAGCCCGCAUCUUCUACCAGGCACAUCUCCUUCAAAAGGCACCUUCCUCGGCAAAUGCACGUAUCCAGCAUGGACUAUGGCAUGGACCCACCUGCUGUCGCUGAGCAGCCAACCAGCAUAGGCCGCAUUAAGCCUGAACUCUAUAAGCAAAAAUCUGUUGACUCUGAGGACCCCAAAAAAGAGGCAGCAAAAACCUGUGGAAAAAUUAACUUCACACUCAAGUACGACUAUGAGAAUGAGACACUGACUGUCCGAAUUCUCAGGGCUUUUGAUUUGCCAGCCAAAGAUUUCUGUGGCAGCUCAGAUCCCUAUGUGAAGAUCUACCUCCUGCCUGACAGAAAGCGCAAGUUCCAGACACGAGUGCACAGGAAGACUCUGAACCCCACCUUUGAUGAGUCCUUCCACUUCCCUGUGCCCCAUGAGGAGCUGGCAAGCAGGAAGCUCCACCUGAGUGUCUUUGACUUUGACAGGUUCUCCAGACACGACAUGAUAGGAGAAGUUAUCUUGGAGAACCUGUUUGAGGCUUCAGACCUCUCCCGGGAGACUUCCAUCUGGAAGGACAUUCAGUAUGCGACAACGGAAAGCGUGGACCUGGGAGAGAUCAUGUUUUCCCUUUGUUAUUUGCCAACUGCAGGUCGCCUCACCUUAACAGUCAUUAAAUGCAGGAAUCUCAAAGCUAUGGAUAUCACUGGAUACUCAGAUCCAUAUGUCAAAGUGUCUUUGCUCUGUGAUGGGCGAAGACUGAAAAAGAAGAAAACCACCAUAAAGAAAAACACACUUAAUCCCACUUACAAUGAAGCAAUAAUCUUUGACAUUCCCCCAGAGAAUAUGGAUCAAGUCAGUCUCCUUAUCUCCGUCAUGGAUUAUGAUAGAGUGGGUCAUAAUGAGAUCAUUGGGGUUUGCCGUGUGGGAGUCAAUGCUGAAGGGCUUGGCAGAGACCACUGGAAUGAGAUGUUGGCAUACCCACGCAAGCCCAUUGCACACUGGCAUCCAUUAGUGGAAGUAAAGAAGUCUUUCAAAGAGUGGCAAGGCCGAGCAGCAAGCUUUGACAGCCAGGGGUCUUGUCCCUCUCCUAAACCACCACCCACACCCUGAUACAGCAGAACAAGAAAAACAGGACUAAACCAAGUUAUUUUUGCACUUGGCCUACAGUCUCAGUAGUUUGUUGCUGAGUGGCAGUGGCUGCAGUGAGACCUUCCAGCCUAGUUGUUCCCGCAUAAGUAAAGGCAGAAACCCGUUUUGUGGUCAAAUACGUCUUUGUCUAAUAUGUCUCCCAGGGUGAUGUGUUUCUUUUUGUGGCUUUUACUGUACAGACCUGUUUCCAGAGGAAGAAAUUGUACUGAGUGAUGAGCUGGAAAUGUGGUCUGUAAAAUAAAAUGUAAAAUAGUUUUUAGUGUGUAUGAAGGCUGGAAAAUUGCAAAGAUGUUUUGAGUUUCUACAGACAGCACACUUUGCCAGGAAAGGAGACAUCUGGACCAGCUGUGCUACACUGUCUGUGCCUGCUUAGAAGAACUGAACUGGAAGACUUGAGAAGACUUCUUCUGGUCUGUGAGCAGCUCUUUACUGUUGUGAUCAGCCCAAAUUCAGCAAUGUGUUUACAGGUUUCCUGUUCACGUAGAGGUGUUCAUGAGCUGUUAGAAGUGUGUGCAGUGUAUAUCCCAAAUUCCUUUUGUCAUAUAUAAAAAGAAAAAUCUGUUGGUUCCUUGGGGAGGGGGGGAGGGGGGGGGAGGGGGAGAACUGUAUUUCUGUAUUUCAAUUCUCCCUAGAGCUACUUGCAUUAACAGUUUCUUAAGACUCCAUUUGUAACUGCUGCUCAUUACCCCCUGUAACAUCACCACAUCAUGUGGAGCACUGGAGUUGUCAUGAGUGGAGCUCAGACAUGAAGGAGGAAAAGAAGUUACAGAAAUAGGUGAAAGUCUUGCAUGAACACUAGAUCUUUAUUUCUAAUAUCAUCCUAGUAAUAAAGGGUGAACAAAAGGGUAAAGGGAAAUAUAGAAAAACAACUAAUAGUAGAAAAACUUCCACACUUUUGUCUUGAAUGAUCAGCACUUCCUUAAUGAAUAAAGUUUCUAAGGCCCAAGACUCGGAGGAUGAUCAAAUUGUGAAAAAUGAAACUACACUGGCUUGUUGGCUGCAGAGACCAAAAAUGAAGUUACAACGCUAUGUACUAGCUUUGCAAGCACAGCUAAUUCAGCUGAUCUUUAUCAGACAGAUGCAGAUUCUGGACACUUUCACAUCUUGGAUUUUUUCUGAGUAGCUGUGUUAGUGCUAUUUGUUCCAUUGUGAUUAAAUUAAUUAAAUUAAUAAAAUUAAAUUAAAAUAUUUAGGUUUUGAGUCAAGACAAAAUUUGCUAGAGACAGCCAUUCCUUCUCACAUCAGGUUAGCAGGAACUGCAUCCAUCAGCCACAAUUUUCAGGUCAACUUCAGUUUUCAUUUUCCUAAAUGUCACAGCAUCAGCCUUCACUGAACAUCAGAACUAUUGUGAAUGCAGAGAAGGAUAUUCAUUUGCAUUGAUCUUCUGGGUAAGAUGAGUUCAGUGAUGGACAAAUACGUACCUUCUAGUCACACCUUGUGUCUUAAUUCUCUUUUUGUGCCACGUGCUAUAGAAGCAGAAACAAUAAAAUCAUUUUAUUUGUAA